AUGUACGCAGUUCAGCUGAGCAGAAGGAAAAAUGCCAGCGUGUCGGAGCUCAACAACUUCUCCGUCAACCCAAUGGUCGAGCUGUUCGAGAGCUCGCACUCGAAUUCCGUGUCGUCGCGCGCCAGAUCGCUGUCACGCACGCCGGAUGAGCUGCUGUCGGACCAGACCUCCAUUAUGGACAUAUUCCCGUCGUUUAAGUCGUCCGAGGAGGUGCUGAGCCUGAUCACCGACGACUCACUCUCGUCGCCCGUCCUCCAUCGCGACCCGCUCUCCGACUUUAGCCGCAUUUACACGGGAGAGCUGCUUCCCGGGCCCCAGGAGUUUCUCGGCCACGAUCCGAACCACAUCCACGGUCACGUGCGCGUGUCUGCGCCCGCUGUAUCGGCCGCCCCGGCUCCUGCCAUCGACGCCAGCCCAUGCCACGGCUGCUUCUCCACCGGGUGCCAUGGGUGCGCCGGGAUCGAGUUGCCCGACGAAACCUUCGAGCUACCGCUAGAGAUGGCUUGCUCGCGGCCCACGUUUGUGCCGCUGCCGAUGCAGCCCCGUGCCGCCUUUUUGGGCGAGGUUGCCGGCCGUGCUUCGUCGUUCGACAUGUGCAGCGUCUCGGAGGACGCUCGCGAUGACAUCCACAAGACGCUUCUGGAGGCCCGUAGGCGCAACAAGAGCGCGGGUGACCUGCUCAAAUGCGGCAAGAAGAACAAGCACUACUCCAAGUACACCUGUCGCAAAUGCGGCAAGGUGUUCCAGCGGCCUUCGUCGCUCAAUACACACAUGAAUAUCCACACCGGCGACAAACCGUUCGUGUGUCUGUUUGAGGACUGUAACAAAUCCUUCAACGCUCGCUCCAACAUGCUGAGGCAUUUUAAGCUCCACUACAAGACCAGCAUCGGCACGUAUCUGCUGCCUAACGGCGAAGUGAUCAAGACUACUCCGACGAUGAAGCAACUGAUACCGACGUACGUCGACUCCCACGAUGAAGAUUAUGAAGACGACGUCUAA